UUUAAAGAAAUGGAUAAUCAAACAUCUGUGUCUGAGUUUCUUCUCUUGGAGUUCUCAGAGGUCCGGGAACUGCAAAUCAUACACUUCAUCUUUUUCCUGGUAUUAUACUUCGCAACGGUAACAGGGAAUCUUCUCAUCAUUGCUGCUGUAGCUUUUGACCAUCAUCUUCACACCCCCAUGUACUUCUUUUUGAUGAACCUGGCUGUGCAAGACCUUGGUGCUGUUUCAGCCAUUAUACCCAAAUCCAUGGCCAAUUCUUUCAUGAAUACUAGACGUAUUUCCUAUUCUGGGUGUGCAGCACAAGUUUUCUGCUUUGUGUUCUUUGUGGGAUCUGAUUUCUUUCUCCUCACACUCAUGGCUUAUGAUCGGUAUGUUGCCAUCUGCAAUCCCUUACAAUACGAAAUGGUGAUGAAUAGACAAGCCUGCAUGCAAAUGAUUGCUAGUGUUUGGAUCACUGGUCUUUUCUAUGGUGCAUUACACACUGGAAGUACUUUUGCAGUCCCCUUUUGUUCCAAUAUAGUUAAUCAGUUUUACUGCGAAAUCCCACAAUUACUAAGGCUCUCCUGCUCUGGCUCUUACUUAACUGAAUUUGCUGUCCUUGCCUUCAGCGCUAUUAUAGAAUUAGGUUGCUUUGUCUUCAUCAUUGCAACAUAUGUGUUGAUCUUCACUACAGUGCUGAGAAUUCCCUCUGCCCAGGGAAGGCAAAAGGCCUUCUCUACUUGCCUUCCCCACCUCAUUGUAUUUUCUAUAUUUAUAUUCACUGGAUGGUUUGCCUACUUGAGACCACCCUCUGACACUCCAUCUGAUCUAGAUUUGGCAUUAACUGUGGUAUAUACCUUUGUUCCACCCAUGUUGAAUCCACUGAUCUAUAGCAUGAGAAACAAAGAGAUGAAGGUUGCCCUUAAUAAAAUAUUACUUUCUUUGUGCUCUUCUAUGGAAACCUAUGUGACGAUCUUUUUAUUUUCUCUGUCUGUUCCAUGUUAA